AAAAUUAGGUACGAAAAUUCCAAUUCAUGUGGAUGGUUUACUCCACGUAGCAAUUUGUCCCCCAUCCCCAAAAGUUGUUGAGGCUACUUAACAAGGCUGUUCCUCCACCACGUGAUUCAGCUACCAAACAGAUAAACCCUCAUAUAAAGACCCCCCCGGCAACCCUAGAUUUCGGACAAGCACAACAAAUAUUUGUUACUACCACCCCUAAUAGCCACCACCUCCGCAACCUACACUUUUCCGGCUGAAAAUGGUGACCGUUGAGGAGAUUCGUAGGGCUCAACGGGCUGAAGGGCCGGCCACCGUCUUGGCAAUUGGGACCGCGACUCCAACCAACUGCGUGGAUCAGAGCACGUACCCUGAUUACUAUUUCCGCAUCACUGAUAGCGAACACAAGACUGAGCUCAAAGAGAAAUUUAAGCGCAUGUGCGAGAAGUCCAUGAUCAAGAAACGUUACAUGUACUUGACAGAAGAAAUCCUGAAAGAGAAUCCAAACAUAUGCGCAUACAUGGCGCCGUCGCUGGACGCCCGUCAAGACAUCGUGGUGGUGGAGGUGCCCAAGCUCGGCAAAGAAGCUGCCCAAAAGGCGAUCAAGGAAUGGGGGCAGCCAAAAUCCAAGAUCACCCACCUCGUGUUUUGCACCACCAGCGGUGUGGACAUGCCCGGCGCCGACUACCAGCUGACCAAGCUCCUCGGCCUCCGCCCCUCCGUCAAGCGCUUCAUGAUGUACCAACAGGGCUGCUUUGCCGGCGGCACCGUGCUCCGUAUGGCCAAAGACCUGGCGGAGAACAACGCAGGUGCCAGGGUUUUGGUUGUUUGCUCGGAGAUCACGGCCGUGACGUUCCGUGGCCCGAGUGACAGUCACUUGGAUAGUCUUGUUGGGCAGGCGUUGUUCGGUGACGGUGCAGCCGCGGUCAUCGUGGGUUCGGACCCGGUGGUGGGGGUCGAGCGGCCACUUUUCCAGAUUGUCUCGGCGGCGCAAACACUUCUGCCUGACAGCCAUGGUGCCAUUGAUGGGCAUUUGCGUGAGGUUGGACUGACUUUCCACCUCCUGAAAGAUGUUCCGGGCCUGAUAUCUAAGAACAUAGAGAAGAGUUUGAAGGAAGCGUUUGAGCCUUUGGGUAUUUCUGAUUGGAACUCUAUUUUCUGGAUCGCGCAUCCAGGCGGGCCCGCGAUUCUUGAUCAGGUCGAGGAAAAGCUAGCCCUCAAGCCCGAAAAACUCCGAUCAACCAGACACGUGCUGAGCGAGUAUGGGAACAUGUCGAGCGCAUGCGUACUCUUUAUACUGGACGAGAUGAGGAAGUCCUCGGCCAAGGAGGGAAUGAACUCCACCGGGGAAGGCCUAGAUUGGGGAGUGCUAUUUGGGUUCGGGCCGGGCCUCACCGUUGAGACCGUGGUGCUACACAGUGUGCCAAUCAAUUGAGGGUUAUGUGGCAGUUGUUACCAUUAAUGUCGUGCAUGUUCUAUCUCUAGGUCCGAUCUUGUUGUCAAUUGAGAUGCAUUGCCUUUCAAAAUUUACAUUUAUGGUUGUUGAAUUAAUGUGGCAUGUUGUUGUAAUAACAUAUAUGGUGUGUCAA